AUGUCGAUAAGUUCAGAAACCCGAUAUCUUCCUCUUUCUCUCCCGAUCAUUGACUUCACCAGCCGAGAUCUGAAACCAGAAUCGCCAGAGUGGGAUUCAGUGAGAGCUAGAGUCCGAAAAGCCCUAGAAGAAUACGGAUGUUUUGAGGCCUUGUUCGAUGGAGCUUCAGCGGAGCUAAGGAAGGCAGUGUUCGAGGCCUCGGAGGAACUUUUUGAUUUACCAUUGGAGACAAAACUGAGCACAAAAUCAGAUAAACUGAUUUACGAAGGUUACUUGACGAUUCCAACUAUGUCAUUAUACGAAGGUGUGGGCUUUUACGGUGUAGAUAAUCCUAAGGUUGUGGAUGACUUGACUCGCAAGCUUUGGCCUCAAGGCAACAUCACCUUCAGGAAGAAUGUUCAGUCGUUUGCGGAGAGGUUAAUAGAACUAAACGUGAAGGUGAGGACAAUGAUCCUGGAGAGUUUCGGGCUCCAGAAAUACAUCGAAGAACAUCUCAACUCAGCAAAGAACCAGGUUCAAUUACUUAAAUAUAAAGGACUUGACGAUAAUACAGAGGAGAAGGUAGGUUUUGACCCUCAUAUCGAUAGGCAGUUCCUCACCAUACUUUGCCAGAACAAUGUAGUAGAUGGCUUGGAGAUCAAAACCAAAAAUGGGGAAGAGUGGAUCAAAGCCAAGGCAUCUCAGGACACUUCUUUCCUUGUCAUGGCCGGGGGUUCUCUUCAUUUACUAUUGAAUGGUGGGGUGUUUCCUCCACUUCAUCGUGUGGUUAUAACAGGAAAGAAGGAUCGGUAUGUGGCUGGACUGUUCUUACCUCCUAAAGAAGGAGUGAUCAUUAAUGCGCCUGAGGAGAUAGUUGAUGAUGAACAUCCUCGUCUCUAUAAGCCUUUUGAUUUCGAGGCUUACUUGAAAUUCACCCACAUAAAUACCAAGGGGAGAGGUCUAUCUAAUCUACAGGCCUACUGUGCCCUUUAA